CUUAAUUUCUAAUCUCCCCCACAUGACAACUCACCAUGGAAACAUCUUCUGGGGUCCCAAACAACAGCUGAAACUUAUCAAACUGUUAUCUCUAAUGUUUGGGGCUCCAAGUCCAACCUAGUUAGCUGAUGAUCUCUAUUUAUUCCCCUCAAAACCACUCGUCAUUUCCUCACAAUUCCUCUCCAUCCAUCGUCUUCUCUUCUCUUCUCUUCUCUUCUCUGAAAAAUGGCACCUGUUCCUGUUGGCAUAGCCAUGAUGAUGAUGGGCCUUGUCUCUAUGAUCUCUUCUGUUGAUGGCUACGAUUACUGGGGCUGGACCAAUGCUCGUGCCACUUUUUAUGGCGGUGGUGAUGCCUCUGGCACAAUGGGUGGGGCUUGUGGGUACGGGAACCUGUAUAGCCAGGGAUAUGGAACUAACACUGCCGCAUUGAGCACAGCACUGUUUGACAAUGGCUUGAGCUGUGGGGCUUGUUUCGAGAUCAGGUGUGUGAAUGAUCCCCAAUGGUGCCUCCCCGGCGUCAUCGUCGUUACCGCCACCAACUUCUGCCCGCCGGGCGGCUGGUGUGACCCUCCUAACCUCCACUUUGAUCUCUCUCAGCCUGUCUUCCUCCACAUUGCUCAGUAUAGAGCUGGGGUUGUCCCCGUAGCUUUCAGAAGGGUACCCUGCAGGAGAAGUGGAGGCAUUAGGUUCACCAUCAAUGGCAACUCCUACUUCAACCUUGUGCUCAUUACCAACGUCGCCGGCGCCGGAGAUGUCCACGCAGUGUCCAUCAAGGGAUCGAGAACCAGCUGGCAGCCGAUGUCGAGGAACUGGGGCCAGAACUGGCAAAGCAACAGCUACCUCAACGGCCAGAGCCUCUCUUUCAGUGUCACUACCGGCGACGGCCGCACCGUCGUGUCUUACAAUGUCGCCCCACCAAACUGGUCCUUCGGUCAAACUUACAGCGGCGGCCAGUUUCGCUAGCAACUUAAUUAAAUUACUUGCAUCUUAAAUUUAAAGUUUUAACUACUCCCAAUAUCCAUUAAUAUUCUUCUUUCUUGCUUCGUUAAUUUACUAUCAUCCAUCGCAUUACAAAGACAGAUGAUGAUGGUUCGUAAUUUUUUUUUUUUCUAGCUUUAGUACUGUAUGAAAUUAAUUAUAUAUGUU